ACUCCAUAGCAACCGGAUCUCGGGAGGGAAAAGUUAGAUUUUUUUUUUUAGGUUUUUGUACUUAUUAUUAUUUUGAAACGAGGAUGAGAUAAGUAGGAGAAGAUGGCGCGUGUAUUUAGUCAAUUAAGGCCGGACGCAGGGGCUUUGUCUUAGAAUAAAAAAUGCCAUCAACAAGGGUUAUUAAGCCCAGACCAGUGGAAACAGCGACCAAGAAAACGCUUGAAAAGAGCAAAGAGGUGAAGGUGAAAGCAACCGACGGGGCGCGUCAGAGCCGCGCGUCGAGCUGUUUGCGCAACGCGCCGCCGCGGGGCGCGUGUGACGGGGCCCCCAGGGGCCCCAGGAGCUCCAGCAGGGCCCCCAGGAGCCCAAGCAGGGCCCCCAGGGGCCCCGGGCCGGCCUGCGGGCGGAGGGCCCGCUCCACGGCUCCCACACCCACGGAGACCAGAACCAACCCCCCCCGCCGGAGGGCGGCCAGCUCCGUCAGACCCGCCGACGGGAGGUGCGUGGACGCGGGGCCGAGGGCGCCGCGGGGCGGCGGCGCUGAAGUCAAGUAUAUGAUCCAGAGUAACAAAGCCUUCACCGUCAUCCCCCCGAAUCCAAAGAAGAGGAGAGAGAUCCAGAGAAAGGCGGAGGCGGAGCUUGCAGCGCUGGAGGAGCUGCGGCUGAGCAGAGCCAUGGCCUACGUGUCCAUCCACCCCAGCAGCGUCGGCGGCUGCAUGAGUCUGGAGGAGGUGCGGCUGAAGCAGCAGCAGGACAUGAUGCAGGCCAGGAGGAAACACAAGCAGGUGAAGAAGGUGAUGGAGGAGACGCCGGUCCUGAGCAGCUGACCUCCGACCUGCCGGUCAAACCCCUGAGUGCAGCUGCGACCACGAGGAGCGUUAACCCAGCGUGCAGCUACACGUCAUGAUUUCUUUGUGUGAGGUCCCAAUAAAAGUCCCCCAAUCAUGGUGGGCCUUCGUGUUCAGCAAACACCCCCUCCGAGUGUUUUCAGUGUCACGUUAUUUAUUUAAUAAAUAGAUAACAAUAAAAAUCAUGUGGGCAAUACCAAGUACCCCCGGGAUUCAGUAGCCUUAUAGUAGUAAUGUGGUAUCCCUCCACCACCGUGCUGCAGGGGAGUUCCUGCUGCGUUCGGGUUCCUGCUGGACAUGAAGACGUGUCCACGGUGGGGCAGAAGUCUGCAGGUUUGUGGACCUCAGUCCUGCUAAGGUGAGGUCCACCUACCUGCAGCCGGUGGCAGAUCUGUGUGUCCCCCUGUGGUCAGUCGCGGUAUUACUACGCAGCCUACUGGAGCAGUGGGGGCUACCCACAUCAUCAUUAUUAUUAUUAUUAUUAUUUAUUUAUUUAUUUUUUUUUUUUAAUUAUUAUUUUUACUAUUAUUAUUAUGAUGAUUAUUAUUAUUAUUGUUAUUAUUACUACUAUUAUUGUUAUUAUUUUUACUAUUAUUAUUAUUAUUAUUGGGUUUUCUCUGCUUCAUAUUUGAGGCGGUGUUUGCUGAUUACUAAGACCCACAAUGAUCAGAGGAUUUCCGUUAGCGUUUUAGACAAAAAGAAAGGAUCAAAAGAAGGAGUGCUAUUUACAUCCAUGACUGUGAAAUCAUCCUUUUGACUUGCUGAAGAUAACAUGAUGUGUUUUGUAUUUGUUGUUUAGAUACUCUGAGUAUUAAAUCUUUUGUAUACGACCUCAAGGCUCUUGCGGGCGAACACAGAAACCGUUUUACUGAUCGUGACUGCGUCAUCGGACCCGUGUCUCCACACAUGAUCAACAGCUUUGAUUAUGUGUAUGUUUGUAUGUUCAUGAUGACACUGAGAGAGAGAGAUGGUUCACAGUCUAAUCCUGCUGGAAGUUUGCCUGUUCAUGCACGUAUUCUGGAAAAAAGUGUUUAUAUGUCAUUUUAUUUCUUUCGUUUAUUCAUUCAGUCACCUGCUCAACAAGUUAAAAGACUCCAAGAACUAAAUAGCCUGAUUCUGCCAGAAGUUUUCAUCAAUUAAUUAUCUUUUUAUUGUCUUAAAUUGUUUACUUUGAAAUAUUUACUCAAUAUUUUAUAAAUAAAUAGUUUAUAAUAUUAAAAAACUUGCAAUUGCAACUAUGUAGCAAUACCACUUCUGACCAGGUGGGGGCGGUAUUUCACAAAACAGUGUAUGUGCCGCUAUGAAGCACGUGUGGCUUUUGUUUCUAGUUUAGCCUGAAAUUUGCAGCAUCUCAUCAACACAACAAGCAAUGUUUUUUUAAGAUUGGAAAUUUGAGAAAUGACAAAGAAAUAAAGACUGUGGGUUCAGCUGGUGUUCAACAAUUGUUAAACCAUAGAUCUUUCAGUGAGAAAAAAUUAAAAUAAGUCCUCUUAAUCCACUCGAGUGCUGUUGUAACACAAUGUUUUUGCUUCACACUGACACGGUGAGCUAAUCCUAAAGGAGAGUUUGUCCAGUUUUAUUUAUGCAGUCUGACUUUACUUUAGAACUCAGUUUUUUAAAUGUUGACUACU